AUGCUGUGGACGGUGCUCCUAGCGCUGCUGCUGCUGCUCCUGCUGCAGACUCAGCUCUCUGUGUGCUUAAGGGAGCUGCGCAGCGGGGGCUCUAGUUCACCUCUUUACCUCCCUCCUUCAUCCUCCUCCUCCUCCUCCUCCUCCUCCUCCUCCUCCUCCUCCUCCUACAAUGCUACCCAGCAGCGCCUGCCAGGAGCCAUUAUCAUCGGGGUGAGGAAAGGUGGAACCAGGGCCCUGCUGGAGAUGCUCAACCUGCACCCAGAUGUGGAGGUGGCAAAGGCUGAGGUGCACUACUUCAACGUGGAGGAGCACUUCCGCCGUGGUCUGAGCUGGUACCGAGCCCAGAUGCCUUUAACACUCCCGGCUCAGCUGACGGUGGAGAAAACCCCCGGAUACUUCGCAGCCCCUCAGGUUCCCGCACGAGUCUGGGCCAUGAACCCAGCAGUCCGCUUGCUGCUGAUCAUCCGAGACCCAGCAGAACGGCUGGUGUCCGACUACACCCAGGUCCUCCACAACCGCCUGACUCAACACAAGCCCUACCAGCCGCUGGAGGAGCUCCUGCUCCACAAGGGGCACAUCAACCGUGGGUACAAGGCGCUGCAAAGGAGCCUGUAUCACCUGCACCUGGCCCGUUGGCUCGAGGUGUUCCCCAGGGAACAGAUUCAUGUGGUGGACGGGGACGCCCUCAUCCAAGACCCCUUCCCCGAGCUGAGGAAGGCAGAGAGGUUUCUGGACCUGCAGCCCAGGAUAAACCCCAGCAAUUUUUACUUCAACACCACCAAGGGCUUCUACUGCCUGCUGUCUGCUGGACACGACAAGUGCCUGGAUGAGUCCAAAGGCAGGCCGCACGCUCCUCUCAGCACGCAGGCCCUCAAGAAGCUCUGCCGGUUCUUCAGGAAGCCCAACAAGCUGUUCUUUGAGAUGGUGGGGAGGUCCUUCUCCUGGUGCUGA